CAAUUAUAUACGGAGUAUCUUUUAUAAAAGGCAGGUGAGACACCCUUCUGCCAACCCAGAGGUAGGUUCUACGUGUCGGUCACUCUCCGCCGGUGAAGAUGGUGGUUGCAGGCUCGCAGCAGAGCAAGGAAGGCUACACAAGCAAGCUUUCGGUGGGAGAUCGGCUCAGCCUCGAAAUGUAUCUUCCUUGACCUCUAAACUGCAAUUAAUGGCGGAAAUCAAGAAGUCCCAGCCGGAAAAUCCUUCAGGCCACGCCCGCAACGAGGUGGAGAAGCAAACCUCAUGUUGGAGAGGACGGCGCGCCCCUGAGGCAGCACUAGUCGAGUUUCAAAGCUGCGAAAGCAAGAUUCAGUGAGUAUUGACCUUCAGCUGCUGCCUGCUGGUGCACGAACAACGUGGAUGAUUCCAGCGAUUCUCAGCGGCUUCGACGGUUCCACUCUAGAUCCAGAAAACCCCAGAUCCCAUUUCUUCCUAUUUUCAUUCUUCUUUUCCUUUUUCUCUAUCGAAUCAUUUAUUUUUUGCUGAAAAUCAGUUCUCCCUUUGCCAUAUCACUAAUCCCUUUGCCACCUAGGCAUUUUAAAUGUUCUAAUACACAAUGGACUCAAUUAGCACUGAUUUGGUGAUUUCAUGUACCUCAAAAUCACACUUGCAAAAUGACGUACUCUUUAGCCCCUUGCUUACAAUUUGAUGUACUAAAUCGACACUUUUCUCAAUCUUUUAGGGUUCUCCAAUUUUUAAAGAUCUUAAUAAUGC